UUGGAGAGGGAGAGGAGGAGGCGGGAGAAGCAGGAGUGGCUGGAGCAGAAGGACAGAGAGCGCAGAGGAGAUGAACUGAGUGAACUGAGCCAAAUGCUGGAAGAUAACUUUGUUGCAGUUAAGAAAUGGCAAGCAGAGACCAAACAGAAGGCAAAGUGGGAGCGCUACCUGAGCUGCGAUGGGAGUCCAAACCCCUCUGUACCGCAGGAGGUCAAUGCUUUCAUUAAUUUGUUGAGAGAAGAUCCUGAGGUCCAGAUUAGUCCAGUUCUGAAGGAAAUUGCACAGGCUCUACAGCUCAUAGAGGAGUUAGAGUGUAGGUUGAAUGACAGAGGGGACUCUGAACAGGAUGAGAAAGCUUCACUGCAGGACAAAGAGGCCCUUCUGUCUUUACGGAAUAUAAUUAAUUCUAAACUCAAUCUGGCCUCAGAGGAGAUGCUGAAGUCAUCAAGCACAAAUGCAGACAUGGAGACUGGGAACAUGAAAAAAGUCAUUCAGGACAAGAACAUCACUCUGUGUAUCUGGGCCAACCUCAGCAAGAAUGCAAGGAUAAAAGAGGUCCGUUUUGAGGAGGUGGGCCUGGCGUUUGAAUUGCCCAAGCAGCUGGCGAUGAGCGACAUUGCGGUGCGCAUCCUGCACACUCGCUACGACCACCUGUCGCCCCUGAGCCGGGAGCUGCAGAGGAACGAGCUGGCCGCCCUGGCGGAGGAGACCCCCGUGUCAGAGCUGGAGCAAGCAGAGCAGGGAGAGGAGGAGGAGGAGGGCAUGGAGAAUGGCGAGGCCGAUAUGCUGUCGGACAAGUCAAACAGCAGAAAGAGUUCUGCGAGCGCGGCUUCGGUGAAAGAGAGGAGUGUGGCAUCGCAGGAGCCCACACAGGAUGAAGGAGAGAACAGAAGUGGGACCCCACCAGAGGAAACGGCUACAGCAGUUGAAGAACGGCCUCUCAGCAUUUCCUCAGAACCUCUGGCUUUCACCCCGGAGAUGGACACUGUUGACUUGUAUCAGUACAUGCCUCUCGGUGGAGUAUUUUAUUUUGAAGCUUUCCAUCUGCCGCCCCAAUCCCACCUGAUAAAAGGCUGGGAAAUGAGAAAGGUACUGGACGUAGGACUUCAGGCCAUCGCUUACCCACCAGAUCAGGCCCAAAUCCAAGGCUCCAGUCCUAAGGAGGAGGAAACUUCCAGUUCUCCUCCACUUGGGAUCACUAUGACGCUGCCUGAUUCUGUUAUUUUCUUGGAGGACCCCAUGGUGACUUGCUGGGAUCCCACAGCUCUGCACUGGAGGAGAGAUGGUGCCACUGAUGUCACAUACGAUGAGCCUGCCAGGACAAUUUCAUUCAAGACGGAUUCCUUCCGCACCUUCACGCUCAUGCAGGACUCCUACGCCAACGUACCCUUCCAGUCCUGGGAGCUGAGGCCACUGGGACUGGACUCUGCCCUGCUGACUAUCAACGCAGGGCUUACUGAAGUCAGCAUCACCGUCAAGGCAAGCCAGGACAACAAGUGCAUGCUAACCUCUGACCCAAGAAGUGAACUAAGCCACGUGUCUGGAAAGUGGAUGAGUGUCUCUUCUUUUCAAGAAAUUAUGACACGCUCAGGUAUAAAUAUAUUUGUGAACGAACACUCAUCCAAAUACGUCAGCAUUACUGCCAAGGACCCACUGACAGAACAAGCGAUAUAUGAGCAGAUGGCACUGAUGGCCUCCUCAGUUGCCUUCUCCUGGAGCCGCUGGAAUUCACACUGUGGACAGGAGCAUAUAGUACUCCAGGCAUGCCAGCGCCUGGAGGCGGGGCCUGUGCCCGAUGAGGCGUGGUCUCUGUACUUGCUGGGCGCUCAGAGGAGCCAGUGCCUGGAGAUGAAGGAGUGGAGCGAGAGCUUCUCGGCGGAGCUGGCCGAGGACGGCGAGUUCCACUCCACCUUCGUGCACAUGCUCAAAGACGGCAUGACCCAGGCGGGGUGGAGGAGGGCGCAGGACUCGCACCACCUCUUCAUCGACUGCGUGCACAGGCUGCUGUGUGCCACGCGCGUGCUCACCUACUCAUGACCGCAGGCCGUUUUAGCAGUAUCACACGCUUUAUUGUGCAAAUCCCUCUCUCCCGCCACGGAACGUACAGAAGUGCAUAACGCCAUAAUGUAGAACACAGCAACAACUUAAGGAAAAAAAAUAAAAAUAAAAAGUGUCUCAUAACAAAUCACAAACAAACAAUAUGUAUAUACAAUUUAUAGAUAUUCAGAAUUCCCACACAAUACUCUAAACGAUUAAAACAGUAAAAUGAUAACUUAGGUCUUAAAAUGGUUAUUUAUUACUGCUUUUUAAUAAAAACCGAUGUUUAAUCAGUGGGCACUGCA